AUGGCACCCACCCAUCAUCCUGAAGAAUAUGAUCCGAACAGGUGCGGCCUUGUUAUGCCUGCCAGAUCUGUCCGUCCACCCCUCUACGCAUCCCGCCAUCCCGAAGAAUAUGAUCCGAACAGGUGUGGCCUUGUUAUGCCUGCCAGAUCUGUCCGUCCACCCCUCUAUGCAUCCCGCCAUCCCGAAGAAUAUGAUCCGAACAGGUGCGGCCUUGUUAUGCCUGCCAGAUCUGUCCGUCCGCCCCUCUACGCAUCCCGCCAUCCCGAAGAAUAUGAUCCGAACAGGUGCGGCCUUGUUAUGCCUGCCAGAUCUGUCCGUCCGCCCCUCUACGCAUCCCGCCAUCCCGAAGAAUAUGAUCCGAACAGGUGCGGCCUUGUUAUGCCCGCCAGAUCUGCCUCCAAUCAAACGUACAUAUUCUUCACCCAUCCGCUCUUCCUCAUUCAUGCCAACGUCGUCUGCCAUUCGCAUGCAACUCUCGCUCGUUCAGGCUCUGGAAAACGGAUACCUUUGCCACCACAACGUUCUCGCCACCGUCGACCACUCAUGACAGCGCCCCGGCUUCUCGGUUUAUCAACAACGAUGAAUGGUGUGCCCCUCCUGAAUCAUCGACUCGGACUUCUCGCGAAACUGCUCGUCGUCAGGUUGAUAUGUCAAGGCCGCCUCCUAGCGCCCCAACCCCAAAGCCCGCCCCAUCUCGAUGGUGCCCAUGACAGAUAUCGUUCAACCAAGAUCCCUGCUGAUUCACGCCGGCAAACUGAGCGUGUAGUUUCACCUCAGCCCGAAGAUUACACCACGCCAUGGAUUCGGGCGAGCAGCGCUCGAUUCCAGCGGCCCAGAAAGCCUCUCAACCUCCUCCACAACCCCACCCUCACCCCAACCACCUCAUCCACCACAUCCAGUGGCACGUCUAGCCGAUCUGCCUCAACCAGCUGCCGUCGCCCUUGUCCGCGUCUACGAUAG